AGGAGAUAUAUUUCUUCUUCUUUAGUCUUUUCUUUUUCACGAAAUUUUUUCAGUCGAAAUUUUUUCAGUCAUCUCCUCUAAAUCUUCGUCUUCUUCCUUCCUGCCAGUGUUCAAGCUCCAUGGAUUCUUCACAAAGCAACAUUUCUUCCUCUGGAACUCGUUUUACCGUCCUAAACCCUAAUUUCUCUUCAUGAUCUAAAGAAGACAAAUAUGUCAAGAGGAAGCAUUCGCAUGACAAUGAUGAUGCGAGAGAGAAAGAGAAGAAGUCUAGCUUACAAUCUCAACCGCAACAACAUAACUGAUUGGGAUCAUCAAUUUUAGGUUGAGAUAUUUUCUUCUGCUUUGGGUGGAUGGAAAAUCAGUGAAGUUUCAUGCUCUCAAAUUAUUGCGAGGAAUCUCCCUGCUCAGAAUAAUGUUGUUACGCGUAAUGGUGUUUUGUAUUGGAUUGUAGGGAAAAAUAAAUUUCUAGCUUACAAUCUCAACCACAACAACAUAACUGACGGCGAUCAUCAAUGUAGUUUGAUCGACAUGCCAGAUGAAGAAUUAGAUGACAGAUAUAUUAAAGUUGGAUGUCGUAUUCUCGGGGAGUCAGAAGGCUCUAUCUGUUAUGCGAGAAUAAAACUUAGAAACUCUCAAUUCAUCUCGAGUGUUUGGGUGCUCGAUGUGGACAACUGGCAGUUGUUGCACAAGGCCGUUGGAUUACCCGAUAACUUAGCAUAAAUGAUUACUUCGACUGGUGAGGAAAUGCUGGUCUUAGGCAUCAGUCCAUUAGAUCGUGAUGUUGUUUUGCUCGGUUGCAAGCAGUACGUCUGGGAAUUCAAUACUCGAACCAGAAGAGUUAAAGAGCUCUGCUAUCCUUCAUUUUUCGCAGACAAUACUUUAACUGAUCGUGAUAAAAUUAUGAUGCAAGCGCAGUUUGCGCUGAAGCCGAUGUCAACAAUACUUCCACAACAUUCUUGGAUCCAAUGAAAUCAAGAUGAUCUCUUUCUUUUUUCUAAUGUUCUCAAUUCUGCCACUUUUUAUCUUCUUUUCCUUGUUUUUGUUCAAUAAACUUUCAGACAAUUACAACAAAUAGUGGUUGUUCGAACGUAGAGACUCAUGGAGCUUCGGAAAGCUUAUGUGUUUCUCUCACUCCUAAAGCAGCAGCCUGGUUCUGAUAAUGAACCAUUUAGUCUCAUUACCGCUCAGGGGAUGCCGAUGGAGUUUUUAUGUCUUAUCGAAUUUUGCAUUGUAUGUUUAUCAUAUGUUUGCGCAACUAAAGUACAAAAAAACAAGGAUUAUCUAUAAAUAUAGGCCAUUUUUUCACCCUAGGUUAAAACUCUAGACCACUUUCUUUUUGCAUAACAAAACCGGGCCUCCAUCCAUGUUUCCAUCCAAAAAAGUUAGUUAGGUCAAUUUGUCGGUCAAUUCGAUCAAUUUCUCCCCAGAUGAGAUGAGAUAAUGAUGCCGAAAUUACUCAUGUACCCUUUAUAAACGUGUCGUCGUUUUAGUGCUUGAUCUAUUAGUAGUGUUUCCCGUGAAUAACCAACGGCUUAGAUUAGAUGAGAUAGAUAUAAGACGCGUGUGCGGCAAAUGCCACGUAUUAUUUGACUUGUGCCAAUGGAACGUAUGGGAUUUUAUUUGGCUGUGAGUUCUUAGACGUUCAUCUCGAUGAAUAUUUGACGGCUACGAUUAUUUGCACUUUGUAAUUAACGAUAGAAGGUACAUAAUCUUAUAUCAAACACCAUUUUCAUUUUUUUUUCCUUCUUCUCUCUGUUUUCCUUCCAUCCACUCUGUUAGAAGAUAGGUAUACCUAAUAGAUCAAAGGAACCGAAGAAGUCUGAUAGAUUCAGAGGCUAAUGUGAAGAUGGGUAGAACUAAGAAAUCAAAUAAACGGCGAAGUAAACCACGAAUUGAGAGGAAUGAUGUUCAAGAUGACAGGAUACCUUUCAGAAGAAGACCAAUUCCCAGAGCAGUGCUGGUUAUAUGUAAUGAUAUAUUGUUAAGGUCUGAGUAUCUCUAUAAACAUGUUCCAAGGUUUCUCCCAAUAUUAGUUCUUGUUCUUGUUGCCUUAGACGCAACUAAUGCACAAGGUCUGAAACUGGGAUUCUACAAAAAGACAUGUCCUAAUGUAGAAACCAUAGUUCGUAAGACGACUGCUUCAUUCUUUUCUCAAAAUUCUACUCUCGCCGCUGCGUUAUUGAGGAUGAAUUUCCAUGAUUGUUUCUUCAAGUUAUCCAAGACCAAUUCCCAGAGCAGUGUUGGUGAAUCUUCUCAGCAAGGUGCAAAAGGAAAGGCUCAAGCAGAAUCUUCUCCAACAAUGUGAAAUUACAGUGUCAGAUCGGAAUGGAAAGAAGAAGAAACCAAAGAAUUACAUGAAGCUUUGAUUCAUUUUCUUACUUUUAUGUUUGUGGGUUUGUUUAUGGAUUUAACAUGCUGAAAGACAAUGUUUAGUGUAGUUUAGUUUCAAUUUAUGAAACUUUGGAUGACUGUAGUAUAUUUUGAAGAACAAAUUAUGAAUGUUUAUAUGACUCUGUUGAAUCCAAU